AAACCAAGAAAGGAAAGGAAAAACAAAAAGGAAUCAGACUCUUGUGUUGGCUUCUUGUUUUGGUUUGCUUCUGAUGACAGUGGCCAUGGGAAGGACCAAUUUUGCCACGUGGAUGCUCUGCGUGGCACUAGUGUCGGUGCUCUUGGGCUAUUCGGGCGGCGCCCCCUUGCAGCAACCGACGCCGAGCCUGUUCCCGCCGCCGCUGCCCCCUAAGCCGCUUUGCGCCCCACAGUUCGCCCUUGUGAACCAGGCCUGCUCGAUGAUCAUGCCGAUGCCGGUGCCCCCUCCAGCUCCCCCGUCCCCACCUCUUCCCCCACCCGGCCCCCUGCCUCCACCACCUUGCCCCAAUGACGAGAGCGAGCACGGUCACGGUCACGGUCAUGGGCACCACCACCACCACCACCACUGCCACGGGCACAGACACCAUCAUCGGCACCGGCACGGCCAGCCCUGGAGAGAGCCAUCCCCGGUGGAGCAAGACUGCUGCAAGUGGCUGAAGGAGGUGGACUCGGAGUGCGUGUGCGACUUGCUGGUCCACCUGCCCUCCUUCCUGGCCCGGCCAAUUCAUGACUACACCGUGAUUGUGGGCGACUCGUGCAACGUCACUUAUGCCUGCGGUGGGAGACUUCAUCCGUAAUUGAGUUUUAAAAAAAGAUUAGUUUAAUUUAUGCGAUUUGGAGUUGGAUUAGUGUCAUGCUUUACUGUCGAUCUAAGUAUUGCGUGUACUAGGGUAAUGGCCUCUAAUGUUAGUAAUGGCAAAUUGAACUUUAUUCUUGUUGCUAUCAGAUUUAAAGGUUAUCCUUGCCUAAUUAUUAAUAAUUCUUUGACAA